GUGGUGAUGCUGCUACUGAAUCUCAUCUUGUCCUUUGGAGAUGUCCUGGCUUUCACGUUCGCCUGGCUGCGGGCGCUCACUUACCUGGAACAAGAGCAGGGCGCACCGCGAACCGCUCACCUGUUCAUCAGUGCGCUCCUGUCUUGCAUCACAUGCUUUUGGAGCUGGUUCCUGGGUUACCGACUCUGGUACUUCACGGAGCCCAUUCGCCGGUGGCGUCGAGAUACCAGCACAAUCUGCGUGCUUUCAGCGGCUGCGGGUCGGAGAGGCGCCUUGGAGGAGCUCAGCAAAGAGCCAGAGGUCGGUUCCUUGGGACAACUGGCUUGCGACUCCCACGGCGACGAGCAGUGCCUCACUGGCUCGCAGAGCCGACAGGUCCUUUCUUGACACCGAAGAGACGAGUGCGCCUGGCUACACCAGCGCCGGUUUUCUCUCCUGUCUGGCCAUCAUUUCGUGCUCUUGCUCUUCGCAUCUACUGCCGGCCCUGGAGCAACCCUGUGAUCGCAUGCUCAAGCGUCAAGCAAAAACAUUUCGCGUAUUGUAUUACUUUAAUGCACCUGUGAGAAUUUUUCGAGACGUACGGAGAUACUCGCGAAAAAUGGCUGCCAGACAUUUUUCCUAGU